AGCGUCGCAGAUACAUCCAAUCUCUCUGUUUUUCGUCAAAACUGGGGGUUGCAGAAGGAAUUGGAUAAACAACUUCUCGAAGCGAUUAUCAGAACCCCGUGAACAGGGAAAUUCUCUCCUUGAACCAGGACCACAGAUGUCUGGAAAACUCUCCACGGGAGGGACGAAUUCCGACUCCCUCCCCCGGAGAAACUCCGGCACCACUUCCCACUCCGAAAACGUCUCACUGGGAGAUUUCCCGUCGACAGCGGCGACAAUCAGCUCCAAAAGUUCCCACCACACUGAAGCGGUGUCCAGCAGCGUCCACGACUCGGACAGCGAACGCAGCCUCGGCAGAUCAGAGACGAGCGAGGACGACCUACGGGAUUUUGUGCGAGCGGGGCCGGAUUUCGCGGAAAAUGGCGAGACACCAGCACGUAGUACGGGCACCACGACGAGCUUCAAGACCAGUCAUAGCGGGCUCGGCGACGAGCAUGAGGAUGUGGAUGACGAUGGCAUCGAGUCGGUGUCCGUCACGGACUCGGAUAGUGGGAGUGAGCGAGGAUUCAGGCCGCUGAAGAGGAUACAGGCGGCACCGCCGAAGGGGAAGAGACGGGCUUCUAGUGUGGAUGUAACAUCGGGCGGUGGAGGGCAGAGUCGGAUAUGGGGAGCGUCCAAGGUGAAGAUCCCGAUGCGACGAGUUGAUGACGAUGACGGGUUGAGAAAGGCUAUUGGAUGGUCUGAUACACCGGUGCGAAUUGAUGCAAGACCCAGCCCGCGAGAUGUAGCUGCUGAACAGGAAGAAGCGGAUUUGGACUCGUCGUCGGACGAGGUUGCGGGACGCAGGAGAGGCGUCUACAUUCCUGCCGAAUUCAGGGUGGGGACGGGUCCACACACAACGGUACACGCAGGGCAAGCCGACAGAGCGGCGUCCAUUGAUGAGGACGUUGAAGACGAAGGCCCUAUUGAGCGGCUCAAUGACAAACCAAGGAAGGAUAGGUUGGUAGAUAUCGACUCGGCAUCUGAGGAUGAAGACCUCGACGCCACGGCUGCUGCACAUGGGCAUGCGUUGGCAACCAACAUGCAUGCGCGAGAAUCAACACCCUUGCCAGCCUUCACCAAAAGCCUGAAAAACAACUUUGGAAGAGCGAUUGGCCCACAACCUGUUCGAACCGCGAAUUCGAACCUUAGGCGAUGGAAGCCAGUGGAGCUGGAUGCCCCAUUGGAAGACGCGGAGCCAGAGCCCGAUUCCAGCAUAGAGGAGGAUAAGGCAGCAGUGGCUGAGAAAGUACAGUUGGAGCAGCAACGCAGCGCGCUGCUACAUCAUGUACUGCCGCCUGGUAAGAAGGAGGCGGAUGCGGGUUGGUGGGCGAAAGUCAACAUGUUCCAAAAGGGUUCGUCGAAACGAACGUUGGCGGACUCGAGCGCCAGUCUCGCCUCCCUCGCCGAGGAGCCAGAACAGUACGAUGGUGAUUUCAAGAAGUCGCCGUCGGCAUCCAAACAAGUGGGCAGUCAGACAACUCUAGGCGGCUCCUCAGCCUCACUCACCGGAUCACAAACAAACCUGGCAUUGCCCAAGCCGGCAGAAGGCGACCAAUCGCCAACCCAUGUCAAGCAUAAAUGGCUCCGACCACUCUUCCCUAAAUUAUAUAAAGACGAAAAGGAGAAGCACCACCAAGCUCCCGCUCAUCACCAGGACCAGCGUCUCCAGCACCUUCCUACCAGCUCACCAACGCAAGUCAACUAUGUCACGCACAUCGACACGCCGACCCUUCAAGCCCUGGACACCAGGAAGAAUAAGCCGAAAAGAUCGCUCACCACAGGUCAUCGCAGCAAGAAGGAUAUUCCGCUUUUCAGGCGGCUGAUGAAGAGGAAGGAGGGCUUCGCGAAUAACGCCGUAGCACCCGUGAAACCAAGAACGAGUGCAGGUCAUCCAACACAUGAGCCGAGCCAUUCGAGAGAUAAACCGCAGGCGCUGUCACGAGGCGGUAGUGAGGAUGCGAUAAGCGAAGAGAGUCAGAGGGUGUCUGCGACGUUUGAGAGUCGGUAUAGAGUCCUCCGCAAAGUCGGAGCGGGCGGCCAUUCCACCGUCCGACUAGCCCAACGCAUAUCGGACAACACUCUCGUCGUCUGUAAAUUCAUCAAAGAGGCCUCCGUCUGGCACUGGGUCACCGACCCAGUGUCCAAGCGGCGGUACCCACUUGAAAUCCACGUCAUGCGCAAAUUCAAGGACGAAUGCCCGUCCCACAGUGGCAUCAUCAAGUUUAUCGAGUACUACAACAUGGAUCCGCAAUUUGUGAUUGUGAUGGAGUACUUGGGCGAGGACUGGAUCGAUCUGUAUGAUUAUAUCGAGGCGUAUGGGCCUAUCAAUGAGGAGCAUUGUAAGGAUAUUUUCGGUCAGAUUUUAGAGACAGUGGAGUUUAUGCAUUGGAACGGUUAUGUGCAUAAUGAUCUCAAAGACGAGAACAUCAUGAUAAACACCCGCACACGACAAACCAAACUCAUCGACUUCGGCUCCACCACCCAACUCAUCCCCGGCAAAACCACCGACAUCUUCUACGGCACCCGCAAAUUCGCCUCCCCCGAAGCCGCCCAGGGCCACUCCUACUAUCCCGAAUCGCAAGAAGUAUGGACACUCGGCACGCUCCUCUUCGUCAUGCUCUUCAAAAUGGAUCCCUUCAAAGACGACGAGGAGAUCGUGGAUGUGGAUAUGGAGGAUAAAAUCGCGAGCUCGAUUGAGAAGUGUCGCGAGGAGGACGAGAAGGAGGGUGCGACGGUACACGAGGGGGAUGAGUUUGAUGUGAGCGAGGAUGUUGUGGAGGUGCUCAAGGGCAUGCUGCAUAAAGAUUGGGGGGCGAGGUUGCGAGUGAAUGAGGUCUUGACCCUGCCCUGGUUCAAGGACUGGUCGCCGUCGCCAGCUGCGAGAAUGAGGAUUUGAUAAUGGGAAUAGGGUGGAUGUUGGGAGUUGGGUGCUGAAGCUGCGGAGAGAUAUGGGGUCUCUUGGAAAGGCGAACAACCUUCCUCUGUCGUGACUGUAGAGUUUGUAAUUUAGAUCUAUUCUGCGCCAUAUGUUUGUCCUUUUUGAUGCGCUUGUAAUCCGAGAGAUUUGU